AUGGACACUGGAAAUUGUUCCUCAACAACUGAAUUCCUUCUCAUGGGAAUUACCAAUAACCCUGAAACCAAAGCGGUUCUAUUCGCCACAUUUCUAAAUGUAUACCUCACCAAUCUCAUGGCAAACCUUGGAAUGAUCACCUUAAUCAGGAUGGACUCCCAGCUUCACACACCUAUGUACAUUUUCCUCAGUCACCUCUCUUUCUCUGACCUCUGCUAUUCCACAGCCAUAGGGCCCAAGAUGCUGGUCAACCUACUCAGCAAGAAUAAAUCAAUUCCCUUUGCAGGCUGUGUCCUACAACUAUUCAUCUUCUACAUCUUUACAGAUGCAGAGUGCAUGCUGCUGGCAGUGAUGGCUUUUGACCGGUACAAGGCCAUCAGUAACCCCCUGCUCUAUGCCGUGGACAUGUCCAGCAAGGUGCGCUCCCAGCUCCUGGCUGCGGUUUACCUGGUGGGAAUAACAGAUGCUUUGGUGCAUACUACAUUGACAUUCCGCUUAUGUUUCUGUGGGUCCAAUGAGAUCAAUCAUUUCUUCUGUGAUAUCCCUCCACUCCUAUUAAUAUCAUGCUCUGAUAUACAAGUCAACGAGUUAGCAAUAUUCUUUGUCUUUGGUUUCAUUGAACUGAGCACCAUCUCAGGAGUCCUCAUCUCUUACUGUUACAUCAUCUCAUCAGUGAUCAAGAUCCGCUCUUCUGAGGGAAGGUUCAAAGCUUUCUCCACCUGUGCCUCACACUUAACCGCAGUGGCCAUUUUCCAGGGAACAAUACUCUUCAUGUAUUUCCGGCCGAGUUCUUCCUACUCCCUGGAUCAAGACAAAAUGACCUCUCUGUUUUAUGCCCUUGUGAUUCCCAUGCUGAACCCUCUCAUAUAUAGCCUAAGGAACAAGGAGGUGAAAGCAGGCAUUAAAAAACUGAAGAAAAAGAUCUUACUUUAG